AUGAAAAAAGGGGGAAGCGGUGGAGGACCAGGACAAAAUGGAGGAGCGGGACGCAGUGGAGGUGGUUGCCAAAUCAAAAAGGUGACCUUCCGAGAACCCCCAGUAGUCUGUGAAUUUAGUGAAAAUGAAAAGCAUGAGUUUGAUGAAGAGUCUUGUGAAGAAGAUGAAGCGAAUGAUUUUUUUUUGGACGACACGGAGUUGUCAUCGCUGAUGGAAAACUUGGACCCAACAGAUUUUGGCAUUAAAGAAAAACUAACUGAAAGUGAAAAGAAAAUACUCAUCAGGGAAAUUUACGGAAGACUCGGUUCUAACUCUUCGUACUCUACGUCUUCCCAAAACGAGAGGAAGGGCAAGAAGAAGGACAAGAAGAAUGUUAUUACCCUUAGGCUGGAAAAUUCACUGGAGGAACAGCCAAAGGGGACACAAGAACACACAAAAAGUUAUGCUAGUAAGCAGAAUGGAGAAAGCGAACUCUGGGAACAUGACCUAGACAACACAAGUGAGACGAACCACAAGACGAUGGAUGAGCAGAAGAAGAAAAAAAAAAAAAAAAAAAAAAUCAAAGGAAGACGGAAAGAGGAGGAGGAAGACCCCAUGGCCUACCUCGAUGGAGACUGUUACUUUCCAGAUGAUGGGUAUGAUUAUGAACAACACUUAAAGAGUAUAAGUGCCAAUUUUGUAAGUGCAAAGUCCAAAGCAGAAAAUAACUUUUUUGAGGUGAAGCCUACAGAUGAAGAGGAAAGAGAGCUGUUUAAAACGUUCGAAGAGGACAACUACGAAGAACUCAAUGAUAAUUUUGUGUACGAAGCACAGGAUGUGAAUGGUGAGGAUAAGUUGGAUGUACCAAAGGAUCUCAUUUGGGGUACCCCCGACUGGAGUUUCCCCAUGGGCGGUGCCAAUGUCACUUAUUUGACUGCCGAUCCGAUGCAGCUAAACGAGAUGAGCGACAGCCAGAACGGAGACAAGACCGACGCGGAGGUUAGCGAUGUGGAGGCAGAUCGUUCUGCAGCGAAUCACCACCCUCGUAGUGGUAGUGUUAGCAGCGACAGCGGAGAUGAAGGAAGCAACCCGGAAGAGAACGGAUACGUCAUCUUUGAUGAAAGUACACACCAAAAAGUCUCCACAUAUCAGAAGCAAAAACAAAAAGAUACAGACGCAAAGAAUGGCGACCCGAAUGCACUAAAGCUAAGCGAUCUGGUCAAACGGGAAAUGCAAAAAGUUGAAAACAAGAAUUUAAAUGAAAUAAAAAAUAUACUUGACAAGAUCAAAAUUUUGCAAAUGUUAAAUUCACAAAAAGAGGAAGAAGGUCAUCGUGGGGGGGAGGGUGCUGAGAAGGAGAACUCCCGUUCGGACGCAUCCGGGGAAUUUUCAUUCUCCUCCUCCGAUGCGUCCUCUUCAUCAUUGUCAUACGAUUGCGAAACAAUCCUCACGACAAAGACGAACACAACAAACCACCCUUGCAAGUUAGUUAUCCCUAAGAAGGUUUCUACCCCCGCCUCUGCCAGCCUGCUGAUUAACCCUCUCCCUCAUGGUAGCGCCAACCCGAAGAGGAAGGACAAGGAGAAGGAGAAAGUCAGCGAAGAGGCCAAACUGGAGAGCUACCUAGUCCUGGAAAAUGUAAGUAGUUCGCCCGACGGGAUAAACACCACGCGCGGCAAAAACGAAACCCCGGAAGAGAAGAGGGAGCGCAAGAGGUCCGUCAAAGAGGCCCAACGGCUGAACAGGAAGAUGAAAAAGGAAAACGCACUCCUGAUGAAGAGCGAGAAAAAAAUGAUGAACAAGAAGAGCAACCCCUUCGACAUUAGAGAUAACGUUAAGUACAUUAAACUGUGA